AUGAUUUAUAAUUUGAUAAACCAGCUUUGUUGCUGCACAAAUGCAAGGAAGCCAAAACAUCCUUAUUCGACUUCAACGAAAAGUUUUCAUAAUACUGAAUAUAUAUCGUUAUCACAUCCUAAUUCGCAAAGAAUUAUUCAAGACACUAAUAGCUAUAGAAGCUCUUCACAUCAAAAUUCAGUUAAAUGAAUUGGGUAUACUUCUCUAUCUAAAAGUAUCUUUUAUGUAGCUGACUUUAUGUGCUCAAAUUGCAGCAGAAAUGCAGAGGGCUACUGUAAUGGAUGCAAAUGUGCUAAAUUCUGUAAAAAAUGCUAUGAAAUAAAGCAUGCGUUGAUGCCAUUGUUUCAUGGCUUUAGAAAAUUUAAUUAA